UGCGACCAGGACAGCAGCAGCAAGUGAUGCCAUCUGUCUUAUCAGCGCUGAGGGAAAACCGUUGAAAACCGUUGGAUAUCUCAAGAAAUAGAAGGGGGAUGCAAGCACUUUUUGGUGAAUCACUAAAAUGAGCUUGAUUUGUAUUUUUAUCCGCAUUUUUACAUUUUACGAGUGACUUCAAAGUUGUUUUCUAUUUUUUUUAAUGGUUUAAUAUAGCCUAUAUAUAUCUAUUUUUUUUAAUGGUUUAAUAUAGCCUAUAUAUAUUUUUUUUUAAAUGGUUUAAUAUAGCCUAUAUUUUUAUUUGAAUUGCAUUGCUUUCCCCCCCUAAUGGAUGGGAUUGAAGGCGAAUGAGGCACCACACUGAAACUAUUUAAAUGUUUUACGUGUUCUAGUUUGGAAGGAUUUUGGAGUGGUCGGACAGCCCACGUCAAGCUCUAGAACCUUUGGAACACCUGAUUCUUCUGUCGAUAACACACCGAUGCCAAGUGGAACUCUUUUCUCUGUUUACAUUUUACUCUCUUUGGCAAUUCAUCCACCUCAACUUUUCCCAUUUAGCUCACCAGACCAGACGCACUCUUGUUUAGUUUUUACCCCAAGGAACUUAAAUCGUUUUUCCUUUUUAAGGUUUUUGAAAUGACGAGCCAAAGUACUGAGAGAAGUAGGCCUCUAGGGACUCUGGCGUUGCUGCGUUCCGCUUUGCUGUUGGGUCUUCUUCACAUUGGUGCACCAGAGGCGAGGAGGCUACGGGGCAGCCGCGCGCAACACCGGAGAGCCUCGGCCAUGCCGUCCCCAACGUUGACAUACAGGGACCGGGUAGUAGAGGGGACCGGAGCCGGUGAGAGCUUCCCGUUAGACUUCACCGCUGUCGAGGGGAACAUGGACAACUUCAUGACCCAAAUUAAAAACCUGGCGCAGUCGCUGUACCCGUGCUCGGCGCAGAAGCUGGACCAGGACAUGAGGCUGCACUACUUGGACAAUUCCUCUGCGACGUGUAACGAUGGAUCCCCAGCGGGGUACUACAUCAAGGAAUCUAAAGGCAGCAAGAGAUGGCUGAUAUUCUUGGAGGGUGGAUGGUACUGUUUCAACAGACAGACUUGUGACACCAGGUACCAGACAAUGAGGAGAUUCAUGAGCUCCCUCAAGUGGCCACGCACCAGAACAGGUUCAGGUAUUCUGUCUCCUCAGCCAGAGGAGAACCCCUAUUGGUGGAAUGCCAACAUGGUGUUCAUCCCAUACUGCUCUAGUGAUGCCUGGAGUGGAGCCUCAGCAAAGACUGACCAAAGUGACUAUGCGUUCAUGGGCUCAGUGAUCAUUAAGGAGGUGGUUAAUGAGCUGCUUACUAAAGGACUGGACAGCGCUAAGGUCCUGCUACUGGCUGGGAGCAGUGCGGGGGGUACAGGUGUACUACUGAACGUGGACCGUGUGGCGGAGCACCUGGAGUCCCGGGGACACGCGGUGAUUCAGGUCCGGGGUCUGGCUGACUCUGGCUGGUUCCUGGAUAACAAGCAGUACAGAUCUACAGACUGUCACAGCACCAUCAGCUGUGACCCUACUGAGGCUAUCAGGAGAGGAAUCAGGUACUGGGGUAGUGUGGUGCCAGAGAGCUGCAGACAGACUCACAUAGGAGAGGAGUGGAACUGCUUCUUCGGAUAUAAAGUCUACCCCACGCUCAAGAGUCCAGUGUUUGUGGUCCAGUGGUUAUUUGAUGAGGCCCAGUUAACAGUAGAUAACAUCCACCUGACUGGUCAUCCGGUCCACGAGGGACAAUGGAGAUACAUACAGAAUCUCGGCAAUGAGCUGAGGAACACACUCAAAGACGUCCCGGCCCUGUUUGCUCCAGCCUGCCUAUCCCAUGAGGUCAUCACCAGGAAUUACUGGAUGGACAUCCAAGUCAAAGGAACCUCCCUCCCCAGAGCCUUACACUGCUGGGAUCGUGGUCUCCACGACAACAACCUCCACCAAAGAUCCUCCAACAACGACACCCAUAGCAACAAUCCUAACCCCACCCCCAACAAGGCCCUGCCCCCAGCUUCGCCUCCGAGGCGUUGUCCUCUGCGUCUGAUUGACAGCUGCCCCUGGCCUCACUGUAAUCCCACCUGUCCCACUAUACGGGAUCAGAUCACCGGACAGGAAAUGAGCGUGAUCCAGUUCCUGAAACACAUGGGGUUUGAUGUUGCCAAGAUGGCCCAGCAACAGGGCAUGGACGCAGGGAAACUGCUGGGGAUGCUGAAUAACGGGAACUGAGCAGGGAGAGACUCACACAGGUAGCUGAAAUGAAACGCACACACACACUCUGACACAGCAGGGCCACAGAACGCUUUGGUGGAGAUGAACAGAACUCAAUGCAACAACAGAAUAGAAACAGAACUGAACUCUAAGCAACAGGACUGAACUCUAAGCAACAGAACUGAACUCUAAGCAACAGGACUGAACUCUAAGCAACAGGACUGAACUCUAAGCAACAGGACUGAACUCUAAGCAACAGAACUGAACUCUAAGAAACAGAACUGAACUUCAAGCAACAGGACUGAACUCUAAGCAACAGAACUGAACUCUAAGCAACAGAACUGAGCAGAAAAAGGUACUGUGCUAAACUGAACUGGACUCAAAGGAUCUGAAAUCAGAACUUUCACUUUGUGCAACUCAAAACACCUCAACUCUGAACGCAGCUUGAAUAGUGUCUGCAAUGGGACAGAACUCGACUUAACUCAACUGAAUAAUAAAUCAUUUUUAGUACAACAACGGAACUGCUAAGUUUAAGUUCAAACAACUGAACAAUGCUUUACUCAACAACGCUGAACUCAACUCAGCCAAACCUGAACAGAACUAAACUAUACUGAAAUAGUGUUUUGGGUGCGAAAAGACAUACACAAAUGGAACGUCAUCCGUUUUAAGGAUACUAUCCCAAAUGGCAUCAGAUUCCCCCUGAGGGCUCUGGUCAAAACUAGUGCACUAUAUAGGGAAUAGGGCUCUGGUCUAAACUAGUGCACUAUAUAGGGAAUAGGGCUCUGGUCAAAACUAGUGCACUAUAUUGUGAAUAGGGCUCUGGUCAAAACUAGUGCACUAUAUUGUGAAUAGGGCUCUGGUCAAAACUAGUGCACUAUAUAGGGAAUAGGGCUCUGGUCAAAACUAGUGCACUAUAUUGUGAAUAGGGCUCUGGUCAAAACUAGUGCACUAUAUUGUGAAUAGGGCUCUGGUCAAAACUAGUGCACUAUAUAGGGAAUAGGGCUCUGGUCUAAACUAGUGCACUAUAUUGUGAAUAGAGUGCCAUUUGGGACGCAAUCUGUUCGUUUUAAAGUAAAUAAGACAACGGACUUGUGGAAUUAGAAAAUAUAUAGAUGCAUAAUAGGUGUAGAAGUUGUGUAUGUAUAUGAAGUGGAAUCCUCCGACUGUAAUGACUUGAUAGACUUCAAUUUAUCAUUUUGAUCAAUGCUACAGAAGAUACAGAAUCAAGCUUCUGUGAGCGUACCAAGUAAUUAGGCGUCACUCUAAAGCGGGAAGGUGGAAUAAACGAGUCAGGAAAAAGGUUUUUCUGAUUGAACACGG